AAAAAGAGUUAUUCUGAAAAUUAUUUUAGUGUCGUCAAAAUGAAUACAGCAAUAGUAAUUCUGGCAGUACUAGGAACUGCUCUAGCCGCUUCUAUAGAGCAAGCUGAGUUUCCUGCUAAUAGGCGCAUGGAAAUUGACCCCAUACGUCCAAUUGAAGAAUCGGAACACCCUAACUUACAAAUUAUCAAUGGUCACGAAGUCCCUGCUCACUCGAUACCAUACCAAGUCUAUUUAAUUGGAAAAUCUAGCCAACAAUCGUGGUCUUGCGGCGGUUCUCUCAUUACCCGUAAUUACGUAUUGACUGCGGCUCACUGUGUUGAUGGUGCUUCGUCCAUACAAGUUACUUUGGGAGCUCAUAAUCUUAGAGUAGCCACAUCUGGUCGAAUUUCCGUGAAUGCUAAGAGCUGGAAACAACACGAAGAAUACAAUUCUAGAACCAUCGAUAACGAUGUUGCAGUCAUAAGGUUGCCAAGUCCUAUUACUCUCAGUUCGACUAUCAACUUGUCUCCUCUUCCCAACUUUAGUGAAGUUGCUUAUGACUUGGACGGUUUAAGCGGACGUGUUAGUGGAUGGGGCCUCACCGGAAGCGGAAAGGGCUCUGAUGUUCUGUUAGCAGUAAAUAAUACAGUUAUUAGCAACACUCAAUGCAAUUCUUACUACGGUGUUGUUAAAAGCAGAGAAAUAUGCUUAUCAGGCGCCGGUAGAAAAACGGCCUGCAGUGGCGAUUCCGGUGGCCCAAUGAUAAUAGGAAAUAAACAGUACGGAAUUGUUUCGUAUGGAGCUAGAGAUUGCCCGAGCGGAUAUCCAGGCGUUUACGCUAGAGUCGAUAGAUUCCUGGAUUGGAUUGAGAACAACUCCGAUUGGAGACCUCGUCAAAUUUAAACAUUUAAGUAAUAUACUAAUUCACUUAAUUGUUUUCCAUUGUACUAAUAAUAUACAUUAUUGGUUAUUCAA